AUGCGGAGGGUGGUGGAGGCGGUGUUAUGGCCUGAUAAGAAGGAGCCCUGGUGGCGUGGUGGCGGAAGUCGAUGCUUCAUGGGGCUAGGCGGGCUUGGGGUCGAGCUCGGCUUCGACAACGACGACGUGGGCUUCAAGGCCAAUUUCAAGGAAUUAGAUGACUUAAGCACCAUGACUACAAAUGAUGUUGAUGGUUCUGCACAAAGGUCAGCAAAGAGGAAGAGUAAGAACCAAUUCAUGGGUAUCCGGCAGCGCUCCCGGGCUAGGUGGGGUGCGGAAAUUAGAGAUCCUAUCAAGGGUGUCCGUCUCUGGCUUGGUACUUUCAACAGUGCGGAAGAAGCUGCAAGAGCUUAUGAUGUUGAAGCACGCAGGAUCCAUGGCAAGAAGGCCAAGAUUAACUUUCCAGAGGAACCAAAACUUCCUCAGAAGAGUCGUGCUCCCCCUGCUUCUCCCAAAGUACACAAGCCAAGUGCAGCACAGGAACAUAGUUUCAUACCAGCAUUCAACAACCUUGUCAACCAAAAUGCUUUUGUCUACCCAUCUGCUCACUUUGCAUCAAAGCAGCCGCUUGUUCAGCCUGAGAAUGUGCCAUUUGUUCCUCCAAUGAGCACUAUUGCCCCUGUUGAAGCUCCUGUUAUGAAUAUGUACUCUGACCAGGGAAGUAACUCCUUUGGCUUCUCUAAGUUGGGUUGGAAGUAUCACACCAAGACUCCUGAUAUAUCAUCCAUUGCUCCCAUUUCUACCAUCGCUGAAGGAGCAGAACCUGCGCUUGUCAAGAAUAACACCUACAACUCAUCGGCGCCUCCUAUUAUGGAGAAUAAUGUUGUCAAUUUCGAACCUUGGAUGAGAUAUCUUAUGGAUGAUAGCAUGGAUGAGAUGAUUGAUAGCCUACUUAAUUUUGAUGUGCCUCGGGAUGUCAUUAGCAACAGGACCUUUGGAGCUUCGAUGCCAUGCCCAUCCGUGGCCAAUUUUUCUGUGGGAAGCAAACCUUGUAUAUCGGGACAAAGGGAAUAA